AUGAAUGUUAAUUAGCAUGUUUAACAGAGUGUUAGAAAUGAAUUAAUGGAAUAUGUCAUGAUAAUUGUAUAAAUGGAGAAAUUAAAAUUGAUGGGAUUUGCUAUUCAAUUUGUGGUGAUUGAAUAAAAUAAUAAAAAGAAUAAUUUGAUGAUGGAAAUAAUAUAUAAUUUGAUGAAUACUUUAAUUGUGNUACAGGAUCAAAUAUAUGUGCUGAUACUGGUUCAGACUAUAGUUCUUCAUAAUAUAAUGAUUUCCCUCUACAUACAUUAAAUUCAAUCAUUGUAGAAUUCUACUCAGAUUGUUCAACCACUGUAUUUGUUAUUUUAAAAUCUUAAGAACUUUUGGGGACUUACUAAUUUCUCUAUAACUUUAUAUGAAUGUUACUUAGGAUGCCAGUUUUGUUUAGAUUCUACAACUGAUUGUAUCAUGUGGAUAUUAUGGCAAUCAUUUUUUCAACUACAGAACCUUGAUGAUGGUCUUGAAGGUUGGAUUAAGAAUAAGUUUCCCACUUUUACAUUAUAGACCAAUGAUUGUAAGUAUGUAAAGUAAUUAGAGUUUAACUUAAAAUGCUUGUCUUAAAUCAAUGGGAUUCUGCAAUAACUUAUCUUACACUACCAGAUCAUCUUUCCUUAAUAAUACAAUUUAGAAUUGAAUAUCUUUCAACUAUGCCCAUAACAGUUAGAGUUUACAUCAAUGAUGAAUGGAAAUAUGGACUUAUAAGUGAGAAAAAGUAGGUUGAUUAUAGAACAUGGGUAAUUGAUGAUACUAAAAAUCAAAUUAAAUUAUAAAUAUAUAGCGUAGAUGGUACAGUGGGCAUUCGUGAAUUAUCAGUCAUUCUUCGAGGGCCAAUAAACUUAAUUUAAUGUAUUGAUGAUAAUUUAGUACCAUUUGAUGGUUGUUUUGCUAAGUAAGAAUCAUGUUUGGAAGGGUGUACAUUUUGUGUAAAAGGAGAAUGUUUGAUGUGUGAUACUAGAUGGGAUUAUAAUAGUUUAAAUAAAAAUUGUGAACCAUCUUGCGGAGAUAAAAUAAUAACAGGAAAUGAGUCAUGUGAUGAUGGCAAUGACAUCCCUUAUGAUGGAUGUCAUGAGUGUCAGUUUUCAUGUCCUAAGAAUUGUCAAAAUUGUAAAUUUGGUUAAUGUUAGACAUGCGACUUAGGAUAUCAUUAUUCUAAUGGAAUAUGUAAUCGAAAUUAUGAUAAUUUACCAUAAGAUUAAAUUUAAGUUGAUUAUAAUUAAUUUUCAUAUUUUAUAGAGGAAACUGAAAUUGUCAUUUGUGGAGAUGGUAAAGUUCAAGAGGAUGAAUAAUGUGAUGAUGGAAAUAACAUUCCUAAUGAUGGAUGUUAUAAUUGUAAUUUCUAAUGUAUAUUAAAUUGUUAAGAAUGUAAUUUUGGAGUUUGUUAAUAAUGUAGUCCAACAUAUGAAUUAAUAAAUGGUAAAUGUUUGGAAUUUCAAACAUAAUUUAGAUUUAUAAGUUGUAUUAGAUCAGAUAUAAAUGAAAAUCAGAUUUCUGAUGUUACUUAUUGUGAUGAUUAUGACAUUACAUAUAAUCUUGAAAUAUCUGGAAUUAAAUAGUAAAAUAUAGUAUUUUAAUGUCCCUAAUAUUGUGAAAUUUGUGAAUACGGAAAAUGUAAAAAAUGUUUGGUUGAUUAUUUUCUAUUAAAUAAUUUAUGUAUUACUUAAAUUACAAAAGGAGCACUUUUAUUUAAAGAUGAACUACAAUUGAGUCUAAUUGAAAUUGGAUGCUAUAAAUGUAAUGAUAGUUGUCAAAUUUAAUGUCUUUAAUGUUAGAAUUCAUAUUGCUUUUCUUGUAUUUAAGGAUGGUAACUUAUUAAUGGAAUAUGUCAAUAAAUUUGCGGAGAUAAUUAAGUAGCUAUUUUAUCUAAAGAAGAAUGUGAUUCAAAUUUAAAUGAUUGUAUAAAUUGUAAAUUUGUUUGUCCAGAAAAUUGUUAAAUUUGUAUAAAUUCAAAAGAAUGUCUUAUUUGUGAGUAACCUUAUGUUGAAAUUAAUAAUGAAUGUUAAUUAGCAUGUUUAACAGAGUGUUAGAAAUGUAUUAAUGGAAUAUGUCAUGAUAAUUGUAUAAAUGGAGAAAUUAAUAUUGAUGGUAUUUGCUAUUCAAUUUGUGGUGAUGGAAUAAAAUAAUAAAAAGAAUAAUGUGAUGAUGGAAAUAAUAUAUAAUUUGAUGGAUGUUUUAAUUGUGAAUAUUCUUGUCCUAAAUAUUGUUUAAAUUGUGAAGAAGGAAUCUGUUUAGAGUGUUAAUAAUAUUUUUAAUUGAUUUAAAAUACUUGUUAUAAUGGUUGUGGAAGUGGAAUAAAAUCUUAUGAAGAAUAAUGUGAUGAUUAAAAUAUUAAUAAUGUAGAUGGUUGUUCUUCUAAUUGUAAAAUUGAAAUUGAUUAUAAGUGUUAAGACAAAACUAAUAGUUACACUGAAUGUUAAAACUUUGAAUCUCCUUAUAUGAAAGUCUAAUUCUUAAAUUAAACAUAUAAUAAAUAUUAUAUUUAUGUUUCAUUCUCAUAAUCAAUUUAUUUUAGGGAUAAUUAUGAUUUACAAUCUCUUUUUGAAUUUAGUGUUAAUGAAGCAAGUUCAGAAGAUUUUGCAACAAAAUUGGAAUCCAAUUACAAGCCAGUUAUUAAUUAAAUUUUAAACUUUUAAUUUUAAAAAGAUAUAGAAUUCUUUUUAACAACCAAAUAGUCUAAUAAGUUUAUAAAUAUCUCUGCUGAAUAAGGUAUUUAAUUAAUAUGA